UUUCAAGUUGUUGUCGGUCAUUUAAAUAUGGAUGAACUUGAUCCUCAAAAAAUAUUCAAUAAAAUAAUCUUCAAGGAAUUAGAUCCAAGUGUCAUAAAUGAAGAAAUCAUCAGAAAAACUGUUUAUGAACAAGGACCAGGAGGAGAAGCAGGAAGACUCUUUAAGAACAUGGAAGUUCAAUAUGAGAAAGUCACUGUAUUGCGACUGGAAUUUUUAAACAUAUUGAAAAUCGAUCAUCUUUGGAUUCUGCCAAACUUAAAGAUUCUCUCAUUGGCAUUUAAUAAAAUCGAUAAAAUUGAGAAUCUCGAAUCGCUUACACAAUUGAAGGAAUUAAAUCUAACAUUCAAUUCGAUUGAAAUUCUUGAGAAUUUUGACGGUCUUAAAAGUUUAGAAAUUUUGAAUGUUUUUGGCAAUAAAAUUAAGAGAAUUGAAAAUGUUGAGUGUCUUGAAAAUUUAAUAAUAUUCAGUGCUGGAAAUAAUUUGAUCAAUACAAAGGAUGGGCUUGAACGUUUAAGAUUCUUAAAGAAUCUCCGCUCACUCAAUUUGAAAGGCAAUGAAAUCGAGAAGAAUGACCGACACUUUCGUCAAUACAUUUCUGGACUUUUGCCUGACCUAACAUACUAUGAAUAUAAACACAUUAGUAAGAAGGAAAGAGAGGAAGGAAAAGACCGAUUUAGAUUCAAAUUGCGUGAAAUCAUGGACAAUGAGAAGUUUGAAGUGCAAGAACGUGAGCGUCUGAAGCAGGCAAAGGCUGAUAACAUUCAUCAUAUGGCGUGUUUUGUUGAGCAUCUUGAUGAUCAUCAACUUUUUGAUUCCUUGUUCUAUUUUGAAAAUGAUGAGCAAGGCGAAGCUUUAUUGCAGAUUGGAGAAGAAGCUGAAAUUCUAGUAUCAGAAUUCCGAGAACAAAGCUACGCAGUUACGCAAAAAAUUUACAAUAUAGGCCUUGAGGAAUAUGGAAAGCGUAAAGCAGAGGAGGAAAUAUUUGCACAUUGUGUUACUGUUGGCAGAAAAAAGAUUCAAGUGUUGGGACAAAAUACCGUCAAUGGUUUUCUUGAGAAUUGUGAAGAUAUUUUUAAGCGUACACAAGCUAUUGCUGAUGAAAUACGAGAAAAAGCUUUAAAGAUAACCGAAGAAAACAAGGAAUUGAAGGAUGAUGAAAGCGUUGGAGAAUGUAUUGAUAAUCGUAUUGCUGCAUUGAUGAAUGAGUUUCAUGAGCUGUAUGAUGCAACAUGGAAGCGUCUAAUGGAUAAUGAAAUGCAUUUACACGAAUGUAUAAAUGAAGCAAAUUCAACAUUUGAGCAUAUAAUACAAGACAUAAUGAAUGACUUUAUAGAAAAUUGUAAGACUCAAUUUGUUCAGUUGCGUGAGAUUGAAGGAAAUUUCAUUGAUGGACUGACCGAAGCUGUUCAGAGUUAUGUAACAUCUAUGGCAUCGGAAGGACGAGAAGAUGAAAUACCAGAAGCAUUGCGUGAAAGUCUUAUGGAACGUGACAUUAUUCUUGAUUUUGCAGCAGAUAUGAGGGAAAUGCAUAUCUCGAAAAUUGACGGACGUGAAGAUAUGUUGAUUAAUCGUGGCAAGAAAUGGGUUGCUGAUUUAUGUGAAAAAUUAAUACAAAACGAAGUCGAUCGAAAUCGUCUUAAAGUAAUGGAAAUUAAUUAUUUUCUUGACGCAAAGCAGGCUGAAUUUGAUGAGCUUAUAAAAUCACUGUAUCAUGAAGAAGAUCUUGACAGCCCUAGCUCCCUGACAAUGAUGACGGGAGUAACAAUGGAGACUUAUAAUGAGGAAAUUAUUUAUACCACAACAAAUCUCGACACAUAAAAUAAAC